CGUUUCUGCUAAAUAGCGUUUCUACCACUUGGAACAAACGACUGCUAAAUGGCGCAAAAAUGUCUGAAUAAACGAACAAGUUAUUUUAUUUUCUGUUUGCUUAUCUGUUUCUAAUGGCUGCUUCAAAAGGCAAAUUCGCUCAUAUUUUAAGGAAAAAUCAUGCUCCAAAAAAAGAAGUCUUUUGUUUCGUGUCGUUUCCGACCAAAAAGACACAUGGUAUUUGGCCAGAAAAACUGAUUUGUCUGGUCUCAAAAUUUUCUUUUGAAGCGAAAUAUCUCGAAGGCUGGUACUCGUGCAAAGUUGAAUUCUCAGGUAAUCUUGAAUUCAGGCGUGCUGUAGUAGGAGUCCUGCGUUAGAUGGAUAUGGACAGCUAUCAACCUUCGCACGAUGUUUAUGCAAGACUGCAAUGGAAACUUGUUUUUUUCAGGGACACAUGAUGAAUGUAGAAAUUUUCAAAUGGAAUAUGAACGUACAAAUGUAGCAAAAGAAUGGACAUCAACGGAGACUGAAAUAAGUGGCAGUAGUGAGUCAGAACAAGAUGCUGUUAAUUCCGGUUCUGAUGACGAUCAACCCUCAGUCGUAAAACUGAAACAUGAAACAACAGUCGCUCCUCCCAAAACAGCAACAAGAGCUGCAUCAUCAUCUGAAUGUCUUCUGUCACCAUCAUCCAAAAUUGUUUUGGAUGAAUCUAAUCGUGAUCGAGGUACUGAGAUUAUGAAAGAAAUCUCAAAUCUGAAAAUGAUGAUUUCAAAAGUUUAUGCAAUCCAAAAAAAGGAGCAACAGAAAAGAAGUUUGUAUAAUUAA